GCGAGCAGCACCAUCAUCAGCAAAUAGCGAGCAGUAGAACGACACAACGUGAAAAAAGGAAAAAUCCUCGGUGCAGCGCGAAAAGAGUGACUUUUCUUUUGAUUUUCGGCGCUUAAAGUGAUCCGAGUGCGUACGUGAACGUCCAAAGUACAACGGGACGCGAUAUUUUCCAACCGAUACGAAACGGACCAUUGCGUGCGGGAUCGAAGUUUAGGGCUUUUCCAGUGGGUGCUCCGGGAAAAAGGAUUCUUUCGCUUGACGACGACGGUCGAUCUCCGCCGUGGUGGUGAGGGAGAGUUGUUAAUCAUCAAUCGCGCAUACACACACGGACGUACACCAACACACGCAUUUUAGAGCAGCAGCACGGAGAGUAGUCGAGCAAAUUGAACGAAAAAUGGCGUCGAUAGAUUCGCAGCAGACGAAAAACCGAAUGCAAGGUUUUAAAAACAAAGGAAAAGAUCAGGAGGAAAUGCGAAGACGCCGCAACGAGGUAACGGUUGAACUACGCAAGAACAAACGCGAAGAAACCAUCCUCAAGCGUCGUAACGUGCCGCAGACGACGGCCGAAUCGACAGACGAAGACGACUACACUUCGCCGUCCAAUUUGCGCAAACUGGUGGAGAAAGCCGGAAACAGUGCCGACAAAGAUGAACAGUUGGCGGCAGUACAGGCGGCACGACGUUUGCUCUCCUCGGAUCGGAAUCCUCCGAUCGAUUCAUUGAUACAGAGCGGAAUUCUGCCGAUCCUGGUCGGUUGCCUCGAGCGAGACGAUAAUCAGUUGCUCCAGUUCGAAGCAGCUUGGGCUUUGACAAAUAUUGCAUCGGGAACCUCGACACAGACUAAUCAAGUUGUACGCGCUGGAGCAGUUCCGCUCUUCCUGCGUCUGCUCGGAUCCCCCGCUGCCAACGUGUGCGAACAGGCUGUCUGGGCCUUGGGCAACAUCAUCGGCGAUGGUCCCUGCCUACGAGACUACGUCAUCAAGCUGGGCGUUGUUCAGCCACUGCUGUCGUUCAUCAAGCCGGAAAUUCCAAUACCGUUCCUGCGCAACGUCACAUGGGUUAUCGUGAAUCUGUGUCGCAACAAGGACCCACCGCCACCGGUUGAUACGAUUCUGGAGAUCCUGCCGGCGUUGAACAUGCUGAUCCAUCACACCGAUAUCAACAUCCUGGUGGACACCGUGUGGGCCCUGAGCUAUCUCACUGACGGAGGCAACGAACAGAUCCAGCUGGUGAUCGACAGUGGCGUAGUACCGAAAUUGAUUCCCCUGCUAUCACACGUCGAGGUCAAAGUACAGACGGCAGCGCUUCGGGCAGUUGGUAAUAUUGUCACCGGUUCAGAUGAUCAGACACAGGUUGUUCUUAACUGUGACGCCCUGUCGCACUUCCCCGCGCUACUGAGUCAUCCAAAGGACAAAAUCCGCAAGGAAGCCGUGUGGUUCCUGUCGAAUAUCACCGCCGGCAAUCAGGCACAGGUGCAGGCCGUCAUCGACGCCGGACUGCUGCCGAAGAUUAUCGAAAACCUGAGCAAGGGCGAAUUCCAGACGCAGAAGGAAGCCGCGUGGGCGAUCAGCAACCUCACCAUCAGCGGCAACCGGGAUCAGGUGGCGCAACUCAUCCGGGACGGUGCCAUCCCACCGUUCUGCGAUCUGCUGACCUGCAAGGAUACGCAAGUCAUUAACGUCAUCUUGGACGGUAUCAACAAUAUGCUGAAGCUGGCCGGUCCCCACACCGAGGAGAUUGCCAACAUGAUCGAGGAGUGUGACGGAGUGUCCAAGAUUGAGGUCCUGCAGAAUCACGAAAACAUUGAGAUCUACAAACUGGCGUACGAUAUUAUUGAGCAGUUCUUCUCGGAUGAUACCGACGAAGCGGUACUGGACGAGCUGAGACCUGUGGCGGACGAGAACGCGUUCCAGUUCAAUCAGAACGCGAACGUUCCCAGAGAUGGAUUCAACUUCUAAAGGCAAGUUAGUAAGCACACGUACACAGAAGAAUUUGUAAACAAGAAGGAAAUCAAUCUAUAUCUUCCUGAAAACAACAAGAAAAAAUACACCCACUUCUAAGUUGGUAAAACCACACACAACACGCCAGUCACCGACAAGUUUAAGCCGAUCUUUCAAAAGUCUCACACACCGUUUCAUAGAAGAUCAGUUGUUUCCUCCCAUGCUAGGCAUUGUAGAAAGUGGGAUUAAAUCAGAAGCAAGCAAGUAGCAGCUCCAUUAGCUGUGGAAAGCAAAGUGCAACGCUACCUAGUUGAAAAAGCAGAAACACAAAAACGGCAAGCAAACGUAUGGAAACUAUAGUUUUCUUAGGAUUUUCUUCAAAUCUAACUAAAGGAUAUCUAUUUAUUAUAUAAUGAAGCAGCAAACAGAAAAAAAAAUCAGAAAACACAAACGAAACGCUGAAAGGACAGUUUAGAAGGACUAACUGACGAACGAAACAGCAAUGCCAUCAUCAGUCACACACACACACACACACACAUACAUACACUCACAAAAACACUCACCCACAAACAUACAUACAAAGACGCUUAAACGGGAAAGAACUCACACACGACAUUAUUGUUUUUUUUAUAACAAUUUUUCAUUAAUGUUCUUUUAUGAUAGAAAUCAAAAGAAGAAUUGCGAAAUAUAAAUUUACUCGUUAGUUCCUUCUCUUCUUCGAUCAUCGAGUCUCUCUUAGGGAAGAGUUUUUUUUUGUGUCUCAAUUUUAUGCAAUUGUUAGUGUUUAUUAGUUUUUUUUUUAUAGAAAAGCACCUUUCCUAUAUACUAUUUAAUCAAACCUGGGCUGCUUAAUAGUAGAGCAUCAUGUGGAUUAGCAGUUUUCCUCCGGUUGCCUCGCUCUCGAAGAAGAGAAGGAGGCAGAAUGAGAGACACAUUUUUGAAUAAAGGGGGGAAUCUCCAUUGUGUUUUUCCUAAGUAGGUGUAGUGUGAAGUAAACACACACACACAUACAUAAAAGAAUGAAACUGAAAAAAAGGAAGACGAAGAAGAAGAAGAAGCAUUAGGGAAAUGUUGCUUUUAAAUCCAUUUAGCAAAUCAAAUGGAAGGAGAAAAUAUUUUUUCCAUGUAAAAAGGCAUAUUUUUUAUAUUGUAAACAUUAUACUGAUCGAAGAAUAAACCAAUGGACUGUAAUUUAGUUAUUUUGUUGGGUGUAGCUCCUAUUUGUUUCGCUAAGCAAAGGAGCAAAAUGUAAGGAAAUUGAUCUUGACCGUCUCCCCUCGAAAAUAAUAAUUAGGGAGGGUGGGAUAACAGCAAAGUCAGCAGAGAAACUUCUCAUAUUUUUCCGAGCCGUGAUAGGCUUCUCCUUUUGAUUUAGUUUAAGCUUUAAUUGUAUAAAAAAAAGAAACAAACGAAAAUGUGAAAAGCAGAACACAAGACUCCUACUUAGAGAAGAGGGUAGCGGUUGAUUUUUUUUACUGUAUACCGCACGCUCGAAUCAAAGCCACAAAUAAAUAAUUAUCAAUUGCGGGUGCUUAAAACUGUAAGUGCUGUCCAAUGAAAUUGGGCCAGUCGCACCCGUGGAAAUUUUUGUAACUAUUUUCACUCAGAUCCAGUUGUAGGUUGCCAGUCCCUUGCGCGGGUAGCAGCGGAUGAUGCUCACGCCACGUGACACGUGUUAGAAACUUUUAACAAAUUUUCGUUCUUGUGUAAUAGGAAAAAUGCGCAGAAAUGAAAAAAAUAAAAAUAAAGGAAAACUGAAAUUGCCUUUGGAAGAAGAAGAAGAAAUCGAACGCAACGCACUUUUUUCCUUCUUUCGGUGUCAAAGCGCCAAAGAAGGAAAUCGCCCAUAGAGGAAAAACGGGAAAACAGAAUGGUCAAUAAAAUUUGAGCUGAGGAAAAUUUAAUUUUCAAAAUCGCAUGGACUUGAAGAAGAGAACGCAAACAAGUUUUAGGGAAAGAAAACAAAACGAAAACUACAUUACCAAUUUUUGUUUCCAAUGUUUUAAACCUAGAACAAAACAUGAACAUGAAGAAGAAUAAGAAGCAGAAAACACACAGACACUCACCAACAUUACAGAGGAAACAGAUUUAUUUUUUGUCCUUUCUGGAAAUUGACGAAUAAAAAAUCAAAUGCAGAAUA